AGUUUCAGCUCGAGAGCAGGCGGUUUGGCAAGAAUUUUGCGCCUCGGUAAUGGCCCGCAGGGAGAUAUAAGGCAGGACUGAAGCCCUAGAGAUCCUGUUGCAGCAAGCUCAACCUCUACAUUCUCUAUAGUCGCUCGUUAUAGCUUCCAUCAGUCGCCAUGUUUCUCAAGAAGUCCGUCAUCCUAGCCGGAGUGGCCAUGAUCCCUGUCGCCUGCGCCGUGCCCACGAAGCGGGCUACCGCCGAUCCCGCUGAGUGGACGGAGCUUCAUCGGGCAGCGCAACUUUCCUCGGCCGCAUACACUGGCUGUACCGGCACGGCUUUCGAUGUAACCAUCACGAAACAACUUAAUGAUCUGGUUACAGACACUCAGGGUUUUAUCGGCUACUCCUCCGAGAAGAAGCGCAUCACGGUGGCCAUGCGAGGCUCGACGUCUGCGACUGAUAUUGCCAAUGACGUGGACACCACCUUGGUGACCCCAACCCUUUCCGGUGUCAACUUUCCGUCAGGCGCCCAGAUCAUGCAUGGCAUUUAUUCGCCCUGGUCGUCAGUGCACGACACGGUGAUUUCCGAGGUCAAGUCCCUUGUGGAGCAAUACCCGGACUAUGAUCUCGAAUCCACCGGCCAUUCUCUGGGCGGGUCCCUCACAUACAUGUCGUACAUCGCUUUGACGCAGAAUUUUCCCGGGAAGAAGGUCAUCAGCAAUGCGUUAGCAGCGUAUCCAAUCGGCAACUCGGCAUUUGCUGCUUUUGGUACCUCGCAAAAUGGCACGUUGAACCGGGGUAACAAUGCUGGUGAUGGUGUUCCAAACAUGUAUGUCAUGUGGCCUUAUGACUUUGUCCACUAUGGAACAGAAUACUACAGCUCCGGAACUCAGAGCAGCACCGUCAAAUGCAGCGGCGAGCGGGACACCCAGUGCUCUGCCGGCAAUGGGAUGUUGGGUGUCACCGCAGGCCACUUCUCCAACUUUGGCAUUUCUCUGGGUUUGGCUGGCUGCAGCGCAUCAGUGUUGUAGGAGGUCGAUCGGCGGAUGAGGCAUGAGUAGAAGUAGGCUGGGAAGACAAGCAUUCGCAGCAGGUCUGUGUGUUGCAUGUUUUGCUUCGUGUGCGGUGUCAUGAUCAGUGUUUCGGGUCAAUUCUUGGAUGGUCGUUUGCAUUUUGGAAUAU